CGAACCAUGUUGCGUGUGGCGCCCGCCGGGGCCCGAACCAUCCUGGACAUGUCGUAUGCUCGCCACUUCCUGGACUUCCAGGGCUCCGCGAUCCCCUGCACCAUGCAGAAGCUGGUGGUGACUCGGCUGAGCCCCAACUUCCGAGAGGCCGUCACCCUGCGCCGGGACUGCCCGGUGCCACUCCCCGGGGACGGAGACCUCCUCGUCCGAAAUCGAUUUGUGGGAGUUAAUGCAUCUGACAUCAACUUCUCAGCCGAGCAAUAUGACCCGUCAGUCAAGAUGCCCUUCGACGCAGGUUUUGAAGGUGUGGGCGAGGUGGUCGCCUUGGGCCUCUCUGCCAGUGCCAGGUACACAGUUGGCCAAGCGGUGGCUUACAUGGUGCCGGGCUCUUUUGCUGAGUACACGGUAGUGCCUGCCAGCGCUGCCACUCCGGUGCCCUCUGCCAUGCCCGAGUACCUCGCCCUGCUGCUAAGUGGCACCACCGCACACAUCUCCCUGAAAGAGCUCGGUGGGCUGAAGGAAGGGAAGAAGGUGCUGGUGACAGCGGCGGCUGGGGGGACCGGCCAGUUUGCUGUGCAGCUUGCGAAGGCGGCCAAGUGCCACGUCAUUGGAACCUGCUCCUCUGAUGAGAAGUCUGCUUUCCUGAAAUCCAUUGGCUGCGAUCGUCCCAUCAACUACAACAUCGAGCACGUGGGUUCUGUCCUGAGGCAGGAAUACCCCGGAGGCGUGGACGUGGUCUAUGAGUCCGUGGGAGGUGCCAUGUUUGACUUGGCAGUAGAUGCCUUGGCCAUCAAAGGGCGCCUGAUAGUAAUCGGGUUUAUCUCUGGCUACCAAACUCCUACUGGCCUUUCGCCUGUGAAAGCAGCAACACUACCCACCAAGCUGCUGAGGAAAUCCGCCAGCGUCCAGGGCUUCCUCCUGAACCAUUACCUCUCUGAGUGCAGAGCAUCCAUGGACCACUUGGUCAAGAUGUGUGCCAGUGGAGACCUAGUGUGCCAGGUGGACCUGGGCGACCUCUCCACGGAGGGCAGGUUUUCCGGCCUGGAGUCCGUGUUCCGGGCUGUCGAUUACAUGUACAUGGGGAAAAACACUGGGAAAACUGUAGUUGAAUUACCUCACUCCGUCAACAGCAAGCUGUAAAAACUGAACAAUGGCGUAAAUCACAGGAGAAAGGAAGGGGGUGCUGGAUGCCUCAGAAUUACUCAGAUCAAUUUAUUUUUAGUUGGUAAUGGAGAUAAUAUUUCUUAAAACAAAAGUAAGAUCUUAUAAUACACAGGUUU